AUGCCUUAUACAGUAGAAAAGUCAUGGUUGGAAGAACUGCAAAAAAGGGUGGAAUUCCAAGAAACGUCUCGUUUGAAAAUGGUCGAAGUUAGAGAAAAUUUUCUAGACAAUGAGAAAGAAUUGAGAAGUUUGGAUUCUGCUCUCAAGAAAACGACUAGCUUCAUGAAGAAGAUCAAAUUGUUAAGUGCUGCAACCGUACCACAGCUUAUCGAAGAGCUUUCGAAAUUGAAUUUGAGCAAAUUCGUGGAAGAAAUCGCUUCGGGUAUCAUCGAAACGAAGCUAAAAAUAUCGGACAUCCCAAAAGUGACCGAAUUGUGUCUUGCCGUUUCAGCCAUGUAUUCGAAUUUUAGCGAACAAAUGGCCGGCGAAUUCAAGAAGAUUCUUCCCGUCAAGAAAACUGACAAAAUUACGAAUGUUGCAAAAUUGAGAGUGGAUAUAAUUUUCCUCGCUGAACUUUGUCUGUGUGGAGUUUUCAAUGAAAAGGAAGGACUUCAAGUUCUCGGCGCCGUGCUCACUUAUCUCAUUCAAACUGAUAAAAUUGAUUUCGUCAAUUAUGGAUUAUUGGCGACAGUUUCACGAUGUGUGGGUUGGCAGAUUGCAAAUAUCAUUCCGAUUCCUUUGGGAGAUGACAAUGAAACAGUUAAAAUUGAGGAAACUGAUCUUCCAACAUCAUCAGCGCUUUCUGGAGAUCAAAAGAAAUCGAUACGAGAACUUUUUAAGGUUUACUACGAUGUUCUAUACGCAAAAACCGAAAAGAUAUGCUCCGCGCGAAACAAGGCAAUGAAAAAAGUGAAGCGUCAGGAGAGAAGUCGAGGAGAUGCGGCUGAUGAGGAAAAGGCGAAGUUCAAUGAACUCCAAGCCGAGUUAGAUACGUUAAGAAAGAUGACUAAUGAACUGUCGUGUGCGAUUGGUAUUACCAUGAAGCCGUUGAAAGAGGAAGCAAGUGACGAUGAGGAGGACGAAGCUGCCAACCUGGAAAUGGGGCGACAAUUGGCUGAAGGAGCUAUCAAGUUGUGGAGUGAUGAGGAGACAAAAGCGUUCUACGCAGAUCUCAUAGAUCUGCGUCUGAUGGUUCCCAAGGAUCUUUACAAAGAAUCAGAGCAGCGGACGCUUAGCAAAGCAAAAAUGGCUGAACGAAUCGAAGAUAUCGAUGUAGAGAAUAUCAACGAGUCGGGAGCUGUUGAUGCGAAACGAACGAUGUCACGAGCUAAUUCUGAAAAGGAGAGCACUCCGGAAGAAUCGGAAGCAGCUGUUCCGACAAAGGAAGACAUUUCUGAAGACCGAGGUGUGAACAAGUGGCAGAAGUUCGUGCUGGAUUUGGACCAUCUUGUUAGCAAAUACUCAACUGACAAGGCCGCCGAGUAUUUUGUAUCCAAUUUGAACAAUAAAGGAUGCCGUAAGCGACUCGUCAAACUGAUGGUCGAGCCACCACCCACUCGGAUAGACGUCGUUCCAUUUUAUGCUCGUCUCAUUGCCACGCUGGAAAAUGUGAUGCCGGAUUUGACGACAGAAAUCGUGACACAACUGCUCGAUAAAUUCCGAGGAUUCCUUCAGCAAAAACCAUCGUCAUCUUCAGCGAUCGCAAUCAAAGUUGAAGCUAAAAUGGUUUGUGUAAUGAUGAUUGCCGAAUUAAUGAAGUUCGGAGUAAUUUCCCGACCAGAAGGACUCAGUUGUUUGAGACAACUUGUCUAUGAUCUUCGUGGUCAUUCCGUCGAAAUGACUGCUACGUUUAUGGAAUCGGGAGGUCUCUAUCUGUAUCGUCACACCGAAUCGCAUGCGAAAAUGAAGAGGCUGUUGGAAGUGGUCAAGGCGAAAAGAGAGAGAAUGAAGGAUCAAAGACAGGCGAUGCUUAUCGACAACGCCUACUUCACAUGUCUGCCACCAGAGGAUUCGAAAGAAGAACGCCUCCGUUUGAAGUUUGACGAAGAGGAUACACCAAUGAAGAAAUUCAUCCGACACGUGGUUCUUGAUAUCAAUGACACUAAUGUGGACAACCACCUGAAAUGCCUUCGUAGAUUGGACUGGAGUGAUCCUGAAAUAUCCGAUUACACAAUCAGAUACCUCUCAUCCACGUGGCUCCUUCCAAUUGAGAAUCUUCAACACUUAGCAUCGGCGAUUGCUGGCCUUUGCAAUCUUCAACAUCUCCAAUGGAUCGGAAUGGCUGUCAUUGAUUCGACAAUUCAAACUAUCAGAAUCUCUCUAGAAAAUCCUGGAAAUUUCAACCAAUGGGCUCACUCGGCGGCAGUUUAUCUUGCCGAGUUGUACAGUUUCGAGUUGUGUGAUGAGGAUUUGAUAAUACAGAUUUUGUACCAACUGAUUUCCUAUCCAGAACCAGAAAACUCGUGGAAAGAUCUUCACCGAAUCAGAAUGAUUUGCGCUGUGCUCGAAAUCGUUCGAGAAUUCAUUCAAAAAGGACCAGGACGUCUGAAAUUGCGCUAUUUCAUGGCCUACUUCCACCGCUAUUAUUUCACGAAAAAAGAAGCUUGGGACCUGGAAACUCAGGAUAAGCAACCGAAUUCUGAUGGUGGAGAUAAUAAUGAAACUGUGCCAGACAUGGAGACAAGUUUCCCAUAUGAAGUGGAGAUAGCCUACUCUGAAAUGUGUCGGAAAUUCCGUGGAAAAAAGAAAAAUAUUCCGAAUCGUUGGCCAAAGAAUCUGAAAGAAGCUCAAGAUGCAGUUGCCAAGGUUGAGAAGAAAUUCAAAGGAGAUCUGAAAGAGGUUGCUGGAGAGCACAGUGAUAUUGACGAUGGAGGAAUGAAGGAUUUGAAUGUGAUUGAAGAGGAUGAUGAAGAUGAAGAUGAUGAUAAUAAAUAUUCUGAAGGGGAGCAAGAAUUCGAGGAUUCUGAUGAGGAACGACAACGCGGACUGUCGAUGAGCAAUGCGGUUACAAAAGAGGAGGAUGACGAUUUUCAGCGAGAACUCGACAGAAUGAUGGGAGAAGGUUUUAGACAGUCGGCGGCACCUGCUGCUGCCGUCCAAUAUGAUGUGACUCUUCCGGCUGCGGCCAAGAACCGAUUCUCGAGAAACAUCAAGUUCGCCGAGGAUACGAAAGCCAGGUCAUCGCCAUCUCGAUCUUCUGAAAUGGACUUUGACGAUGAGCCAUCGUCUUCCACCGGCGUCGCAGCUUCUGGACGUCAGAAACAGGGUCGCGUCACUCUUAUGGUACGUGGAAAGGCGAAUAAACCGGCGCUGAAGACUGUCAACAUUGACGAUGGCGAAUUGCAACGUCGUUGGAAGGAGGAGAAGGCUCGUGAAGAGGAGGAACGAGCCGAUAUGAAACGAUUGACGCUGGGACAGCAUCGGAGAAUUGAGAUGGAGGAAGAAAAAGCGCUUUUAGCACAAUUGCACGGUUCUAGGAAGAACAAUGCGAAGAAAAACCCGCCACGCCUACAAUUCCCAAAACCUCACCUCGAAGGAGAAUGGUGA